CCAAGGUUGCUUCUUCGGUUGUCCUCCUUAUGGAGGGGUAAACUUAGCUGUCGGCAAAGAAGUCAAGAUCACAGAUCAUCAAUUAUUUAAGAUGGAAGCUCUAUAUCAUCAAACAAACAGAUUGUUACAAGAAACACAACAAUGCUUCCAGGAUUUAUCGUUUAAUAGGCCUGAAGUUGAAAAAGAAAUACAAGCAAGAAUAGAUCAAAUAACAAGCAACUGUGAAAAAUUAGACAUAAUGGUGCAUAAAGAGCCAAUAUCAAGAAGGCAGAAUGCUAAAAUAAGAGUUGACCAAUUGAAGUAUGAUAACCAGCAUCUUCAGGCAGCUCUAAGGUCACAUCAACAUGAGGUCUACCGUCGACAACAAGAGGAGAGAGAGAGGGAAGAGCUGUUGAGUCGACGAUUCACACACACUGAUCACGACACUUCCAUCAUCAUCGACCACUCGCUACAACAUAACACAGCUUUACAGAACUCCAACCGAGGAGUAGACGACAUGUUACGGACAGGCAGUGGAAUCCUCGAGAGUCUCAGGGACCAGAGGAACACUUUGAAAGGUGCACAGCGUCGGAUCAUGGAUAUUGCCAACACUCUAGGACUGUCAAACACAACCAUGCGACUCAUCGAGCGUAGAGCGCACGAAGACAAAUAUAUCCUGUUUGGAGGAAUGGUCAUCACAUUGUUAAUCAUAGUUCUGGUCAUCAUAUACCUGACGUGAUAGGUUUAUUGGUUAUUGCUGUGUGAAAACUGUUUUGGUUUGCCAACUUGAAAACAAAACUUCCUAGGAGAGGGUGCCAGAAAAUGAAGGUCUGCAUUUUACCCUCAGUCCAGUUGUAUGUUGAAACAAAAAAAUCUGCUACCUACAUUGAAGUUGUGAAAAGUGUUCCUUGGAUACAGAAUAGUAUUUAAAAAAAAAUUACAAUCUUGGGAUUUCUUUGAUGAGAUUUUAUUAGAAGUUACUUGAGAAGUUAUCUUACUAAUAUAAAAAAUGCUUAGUGAAAGGAUAAAGACUUACAUUUAAUUGAACGUGUUAAGACAAAAUAAAAUAAACAACAUACUGCACAAAGACCAUUCCAAGAUGUUCACCUCAGUCAAGGCCACCCUCAGUUCAGAAUUUAUAUUGGCAUAAACACCAUUGGUCUAUAUUCUGGACUUAAGAUAAUUCAUCAGAAGUUGUUAAAGUUGUUAGCCGGUUUGUACAUUCCUAAUGUAUAAAUGUUUGUUGUCUGAAUAUAAAUUAUUAUUCUGAUUUUAUUAAAUACUUUAUUAUAAA